CCAAAAGUCAAAACAUUAGAUCAAAAAUAUUUAGUAUUUUUAGAUACUUUAAAUAAUACUUGAAAAUAAGUAACACGAAACAGAAAUGUAUUUUUCCUAAGUUGUAAUAGAUACUAAGUUAAAAAUUGCAUAUUUUGUAUAUUUUUCCCUUAAAUAUGAGUUAAUAUGACUGAAGUAGAGGAAAUAAAAGGAGACACUGACAUAUUCCACAAUGUUACACAUUACAAACAACGGUACAAUUGGGACUGUGGAGUCACAUGCGUCCUCAUGUUGCUUGAUCCACAGCAACAGGAAUAUAUGCUACAGAAUUUCAAUGACAUCUGUCACGAGGAAGGUUUCGGUCAGUGCACAUGGACUAUAGAUUUGUGCUACUUACUAAAAAGAUUUGAAAUACCUCACGUUAUGUACACGAGUACGAUUGGUGUCAACGAGGCAUAUCAAACAUAUGAAUAUUACGAUAAAAUUAUCAAAAUGUUUCUGGCGGGUGGUACGGUGGUGAAACUCAGCAGUUGGUAUUAAUCCGAACAAUUCCUCAGAACACUCCCC